UAAAACUGAUCCUAGGGUUUCAAAUCUCAUACCAGUAGGAGCAAAAGCACAAAAGGAGAACUUGGCACUGGUAGCGUAGAGAGAGAGAGAGAGAGAGAGAGAGAGAGAUGAGCCAUAUCGAUGGAGCACUGGGUGAAGAAGAAGAAGAAGAAGAAGCAGAGAACCAGUUCCACAGAUUGGCCGACGACGUCGUUGUCAACAUCUUCGACAAGCUCUCCGACGUCAAAUGCCUCUGCAGAUGCUUCGUUGUCUCCCGGCGAUUCUCUUCCCUCGUCUCCCGCGUCCAAACAGUCUCCGUCAAAAGCUAUGGUACGUGGGAAUUGAAUUACCUUCCGAUAGUAGACUAUGAUUCUCCAGGUCUCGAACAACACUUGAAUCACUUAAUCCACGGAUUGGGCAUCAACUUCCUUGCUAAGUUAACACACGUUCGAGCUCUGCAUAUCGAACUCCCCUCCGAUUUCGGAAGUCAGAAUGAUUCUGUUUUCAAGUGGGCGGCCAAUUUCACCGCAAAACUCGAUGGCGUCAUGAUUCUCUAUGCCGAAUCUCUCUCUAAAAUCAUGGAAUCUGAACAAGAAGAAGAAGAUGAAACUGAUGAACAAGAAGAAGAAGAAGAAGAAACCAAUGAACAAGAAGAAGAAGAUAAAACUGAUAGUCCAUUGCUCGUAAUCAAAAGAAGCGUGAAAGAUGCAGUGUUCCGGCUAGGAAUCUUGUCUUAUGUUGUCGAGCGACACCCAAUGCUUGAGAGCGUUACCAUCACCGAUUCAAAGAACAAGGGAGCGAAGCUCUGUUUGGGUGGUGAAAAGAUUGCGGAGUGCAGGAAUUGGUUGAAUUUUGACAGGGUGAUUCAGCCCGUGAUAGGGGAGUCAUGGAGGAAAAAGUGUAUGAAUAUUGGGACUGUGCCUGUUUUAGAGCUCCCUACGUCUGGGUAUGUGAUGAAAUGGGUGAUCUUUGCGUAUUACAAAUUGUUUGCUGAUGAAGAUUCUGAGGUCGAGACGGCCAUGGUGAAUGCGUUUGCGGAGGAGCAAGGUGUUUUUUCAGAAGCCGCGGUGCAGAUUCUGAAAAACCAUAAUGGCCUGUUGAAAAAUUUGAUGCGAGAUCCUGGUAUCUGCUAGUAGUAUGUCUUUUCUAGCUGCCGUUGUUACUGCUUUAAUUUCAUUUUCCAACUAAAAGAUCACUUGCUAGUCAGUUGAAUAUCAGACUAACCAUGACAGGUGUCUAGUUAAUAAUCUUUAUGGUAAUUAGUAUAUGAACAUGAAUUGCUCGAAAUGUGCCUACAUGUUGCCUUGUUGGAAGAAUUUUCAAGGAUUAUGCUCUGAUGUUACGGUUAUUGGACA